CCCAGGCCCUUAAAAUGGCUAUAUAAAGCUGGUGGACAUCAGGAUUCUUAGUAUUUAUAUGUUUGCUUUGUAUGUAUAUGGUAAAUUUGUAGGAUGCGCUAAGCCUCGUGAUUUGUUAGUCUUGAACAUUAGCCCCUUGGCUGACCAUUCUUGUUUUAUCAAAGAAUCAUAUAGAUUCAGGGAUGCGACAUUUCACAUAUUUUACCCUGCCUACGCCUAUAAGGUUCAAUUACUUGUUUAUAAUGAUCUAACACUUUGGGACUCGGAAGAAGAACAAAGCUCCGGCUUUUGUUACGCAAUUGUAAAUUAUAGAUAUAAACACAGACCCUUUUUAUUUUAUCAUGUGUCAAAGACACAAAACUACUGCUCUUUAAAAGGACUUUCAGUCAGAUGUCCAGAUUUGGAAUAUGAACUUAAAGAUCCACAUGAAAGACUAAAAUUGGCAUAUAGUCAAAGCUUAAGUGUUGCAUUAGAUAGAGCAUUGACAGAAAGAAACCAACGUUUUCUAGAUAGUGUAAACGACUCAAUUAGGGAAAGAGUUGAUGCUAUUGAAGAAAGUGUUACAAGAACUGUAAGAAACGAUCCCACGAGGAAUUUUCAAUCGCAACCAAUAAGAGCUCCUCCACUUCGACUAUCGCAUUUAUCAAAUGAAAUUGUCAUAAGAUCCUAGUCAAUAAACUAUCCUUUCA